UUUCAUUUUUUUAAAAGAAGAAUAAAGGAGAUUAUAGUUUUAUCCAAGGAGAAAAUCGCGACCGGCGAGUUGUUUCCUCGCUCAUCUUCUUCUCUAUCCAACGUCUGGUAUAAACGGAUGUAGCCGGCUUUGCCGUCGAUCCAAUAUACCUCUCCGACUCGUAUGCGCAGGGGGGCGAUAACUUCGAAUCUGCGAAUUCUUUAGAGGUGCGUGGAUCUUCAGGCUCAGAAAAGAUCAUGAACUUGUCGAAUCAGCGGGGGAGCUUUGAUUUGGAUCUGGUUCUAUUCCGCCGAAGAAGAUGAGAGGGCGGCGUGCCGACGACGCUUCUAUGAAGGAUCGCCGCCGUCGAGAUGGCGGUGGAGGAGGGAAGUUUUCGAGAUCCUCGAGCUUCUUCAGUUUUCCCUUCGCUCUCUUCCUCCUCUGCUUCGCCCUUUUUAUCGUCGCUGUCUUAUCUACUUUUCGACUUUUCGGAGUGUCUUUCCGACCCGUUCUGCUCCCUACAUGGCGGAACCCUCCCAUGAACGCCAUAUCUGCCGAGUACCCUUAUUCUCGGCGAGACCAUAUAUCUUACAAUCUUUACUCUUCUCCGGCCGGCCUCCGCAUCGACGAGGCCGUCUCUUUCCCCGAUUCCGUCCUCCUUUUUCUGAAACCCCAACGGCUUGCCGCCAUAGCAGAUCUCCACUGCAUCUAUUUUGUCUCUCAAUUUGGUGGGUCGCAUCUCAGCCUCCCUGCUCUUUCAUCUUCCUACUCCGGCUCUUUCGUCCGCUGUCCUCUCCCACCCAAUGCUCACGCCUUUAACAUUUCCCUCUCCCAAACGUCUCUUCCCCAGCUUCCCCCCAUUUCCCCCCUCCGCUCGGACCACCUUGCCUACGCUUCAGUUCUCGAUACCAGCGACAACUCCACUGUCAUCUUCGCCAAGGGACACAACCUCCGCCCAGCCCGGCUUUCUAACCCAAACAGUUUUGAGUGCACCUUCGGCUGGGACUUCUCCCAUCCCAAGUUCUCUCUGUCAUCUGAGGUCCUUUCUGCGGCCCAGGAGAUUUUCCGCUGCCGCACUCCUCUCAGCAUCCUUCAACGCCGCCACCAUCUCCCAUUUGUCUCUGUAAGGUUCAAGGGCCAUGGCAGCAAUCCUCUUCCCUCCAUUGCCCGACCUGAACUCCUCCCCUCACUACAGAUGCUGAAGCGGCCACACAAGGCCCAUCUAAUGUGCGUCUGCACCAUGCUUCGCAACCAGGCAAGGUUUCUCCCAGAGUGGAUUAUAUACCACUCGCGCAUUGGUGUCGAGCGGUGGUUCAUCUAUGAUAACAACAGCGAUGAUGACCUCGAGCAGGUUGUGCAACAGCUUUCCGCCAAGUGGAAACUCAUGAUCAGUCUCCAUGAGUGGCCGUGGCUGAAGACCCAGGAGGCUGGUUUUGCGCACUGUGCCCUGCGUGCUCGGGAGUCCUGCAAGUGGGUGGGAUUCAUUGAUGUAGACGAGUUCCUUUACUUCCCUUCGAACUUCAAACUGCGUGAUGUUUUAAGGAACUACUCGAGAUCUCCAUCGGUGGCGGAGCUCCGCACAACGUGCCACAGCUUUGGGCCAUCCGGCAGGAAGAGCGCUCCGCCUGAGGGCGUUAUGGUUGGGUACAGCUGCCGCAUUUCUCCGCCAGAGCGUCACAAAUCGAUCAUAAAGCCAAAAGCAUUGAACCCCUCCUUGAUCAAUGUUGUGCACCAUUUUCAUCUCAAGGAUGGAAAGAAGUACAUGAACAUGGAUGUGCGCGUAAUGGUGAUCAACCAUUACAAGUAUCAGGUAUGGGAGGUGUUCAAGGAAAAGUUCCACCGGCGGGUGGCUACAUAUGUUGCUGAUUGGCAGGACGAUGAGAAUGUGGGAUCAAAAGAUAGGGCACCGGGAUUGGGGACUAAGGCAGUGGAGCCAUCGGAUUGGGCGAAUCGAUUUUGCGAGGUGAAUGAUACUGGUCUAAGGGAUUGGGUCCUGCGCACCUUUGUUGAUCCAUCUACCGGCCAUCUCUCAUGGGAGUAGGGGCAUGGCUUAUAUUUUGUUCAUCAGACAUUUGAAUAGAAACAUGUAAGAAGAGUCACGGAAGGAGAAUACAUGCUCAACGAGCAGUUGAGACUACUAUAAAUUCUUAUUUUUAGCCCUUUUUUUUGGGUCAUUGGUGUUGUUGGUUUUAUGAUUUUUGUAACUAGGAUGACACAUAGAGGCAAAUGAUUCUUUUUGUAGAUAGUAACAUAAUAUGAAUCCAUCUUUACAGGAAGUCUUGAUUGGAUGAAUUCAUUGGAAAUUUGAGUUUGGAGUUGGUUUUUUCUUUCUUUUUCCUUUA